AUGGAGAAGCAGCCUGUUGGCCGAACCGCGCCGCUCAUAACCAACAUUAUGUGGAGAAACCUUUUAUUUCAAGCUCUGUACCAAAUAGCUGUCCUCUUGAUCUUGCAGUUCCGGGGAGAGUCUAUCUUCAAUGUCACUGGUCAGGUGAACGAUACUUUGAGAAGCAGAAUGUGUUCAAAGGCAUUCACAGGAACAGACUGUUUAUUGGGAUUCUGGGGCUGUGUCAUGGCCAAUUGGUUGGAUUGUCAAGUGUAUACCUGUCCCGGAAGAACCAGUCUUCGAAAUUAUCAGGAGGUCAAUAGUCACAUUCAAAAGAAAUAUGCGAGCAUAGCUUGGAGACCAGGACAAGACGUAUUCGAGCGUGGAGCUGGAUUUGAAAACCCACGCUGA